UCCAAAGUAGACACAUGCAUGCCUUCCAAUAGAAUGGCCAACUAAACUCAGGAAAUCCCCCAUCAACAUCAGAGAGUAAAGCGAAUGAAGAAGAAGACCAACAAUGGUUUUGAGUUCUGCGAUGUCUGCAAACUGAAUCACAACCAAGGCAGGAAGCACAACUAUUUCCCCAGCCACAAGAAAUCUCUGGAGGCGGCGCUCUCUCGGUUCCGAUCGAAACUCGCUGACAUCCGCUUCUUCCUAAAAAACCCUACCCCUCUUCGUCCCGAACAAGCCCCUCUCAAUCGCCUCUGGUGCUUGUUCUGCCAAUUCGAUAUCCUUGAGCUCCACAGCUUCCACACCAGUGAAAAUGCUAUUGCGCAUCUGGCUAGCGAGGACCAUUUGAAGAAAUUGAAAGGAUUCCUAUGGAAACACGGCGGUGCAAUGGACAAAAUCGAUUUCUACCGGGUUAAGGAGCUUGAUUUUGUUAAGUGGAAAAAACAAUGCAAAGCAUCAAAGAAGGAGGCUGUUUGCGAAGAAACUCAUGGGCCCUUAAUUGGACCGUCGAAUGUAAUGAGAGGUCUCAGAUAUACGAAUCAGAGUUACCAAUCCCACAGGGUGGUCAUAUGGGCUCACAAUGCGGGGCCAGUUCAUCCUGCAUUAAUUCAUCUAGGUAUGGGAUUGCUGGACAAUCUACACCAUCGUUUGGAACUGCAAACUUAUCUUCUCAUCCUCUCAUUAAUGGCUUUGCACCCCUGAAUGAGAAAAAAGCUAAAGAGGGAACCCUAUCUUUGGCACAAGAAGCGAUCAUAGGGAAUGUUCAUUCUGGAGCACCUCCUCCGUGGUUACAUGCUUUUGAACAAAAUCAGUUAGAUUCUUUGUCAAAGUCUGGUCAAAAUGGCAUUGGCUCUUUAUGUCAAAAGAGUAAAUGCUCUAAACUAAACCCAAAACGGGUUGGUGCUGCAUGGGCUGAGAAAAGAAAACUUGAGAUGGAGUUGGAGAAGAAAGGAGAACUUGUCAUGAAAAAUGCUGAUGCAAAUUGGCUUCCCAAUUUUGGAAGAGUUUGGCAAACUGGCAGUAGGAAGGAAUCUAGAAAAGAGUUUCAGAUUGAAAACAAGUCGUCUGGGAAAAUUGAGAGCCAAUCAUCUAGUGUGAUACAAUUACAGCCUUAUAUCAGCAAACGAAUGCGCACGGAUUUGGUGGAUAUACCUGAGCAGCCUAGCAGUUCGGAGUAAAACCAUAUUUAGACUACAGAGUGCAUCAUUGUAUAUAGAAGUAGUAAACCCAUGUGUUGCUAUGCUAGGGGUUGAAUAUAUGUUUUGAUAUUAUUAGCUGUGGUGCAUACUGCAUAGUACUGUCUUUACUACGGGUUUCGUCGAGUUGGAUAUGUUAAUGCAAUGCAGCUAUGAUUUGAAAAUUUGGGUCGAUGCUAUUUGUCUGGUUGACCCCUUUCCACCAUUUGUAAGUAUUGCUAAAAAAAUUUAUACUUGAUUCCAGAAUGCUUGUACUCU